AUGGAGCUGAAGAGAGGUGCGCAGCACUUGCAGCGACGCAAAGACAAUGGAACAAACUGGGACGAGCUGCCUCUCUUCGAGAAAUACCAGUUCUUCACGCCAGGCAUUUUUAUGGGUGCCAUCGUUGCAAUCAUCCUGCUUGCGAUCCUUGGUGUUGGUUUGCGCGCUUUGUCGAGUCUGGAGGUUCCAUACGGUGCAUUUGAAAAGGACAUGGGCCCGGCAGCGCAGAAGAAGCAGCAAUAG